AUGGAGACAGACUGCAUUCGCUACAUCCAGAAAUGUCGUCAAUGUCAGACUCACACAGAAUUGAUUCGAGUACCCCCCAACAAACUCCAUGUCACUAGUUCACCUUGGCCGUUCGCAGCGUGGGGCAUGGAUGUCGUUGGUCCAAUCGAGCCAACAGCAUCCAACGGGCACAUAUUCAUUCUUGUCGCAAUUGACUAUUUUACCAAGUGGGUUGAGGCCACCUCCCACAAAUCAGACACAAAGAAAGUUGUGGAUGACUUCGUCAAAAAUAACAUUAUUUGUAGGUUCGGAAUUCCUGAGUCAAUCAUCACUGACAACGACACCAACCUAAACAGUGACCUAAUGAGAUCAAUGUGUGAGAAGUUCAAGAUCAGUCAUCGAAACUCUACAGCAUACAGGCCACAGAUGAACGGGGCUGUUGAGGCAGCAAACAAAAACAUCAAAAGGAUAUUGCGCAAGAUGAUUGAUAACCACAAACACUGGCAGGAAAAGCUACCUUUCGCAUUGCUGGGGUGUCGUACCACAAUCAGAACUUCCACAGGGGCCACACCUUACUUCUUAAUAUACGACACUGAAGCUGUGAUACCCGCCGAAGUAGAAAUAACUUCCCUAAGGAUCAUCCAAGAAGCAAAGCUGAAUGACGCUGACUGA